GUUAUAUUGAAAAGUAUAGCAAGAUUGCCGUUUUCCUUAACCGUCUUUGAAAAUAGGCUGUACUGGAGCGACAUGUCAUCGAGAACUAUAGAAUCGUGCGACAAAUUUACUGGCAAAGACCGGAAAAUUUUAGUAAAUGCGAAUAAUACUGUUUAUGGGCUGCAUAUUUAUCACUCCGUGCUGAAGCCCAGGCUUCGAAAUCCGUGCAACUCGGAUCCCUGUUCCCAACUGUGUCUACUAAAUUCAGAGAAUGGAUACACGUGUGCUUGUGCGUUGGACAAACAACUGAAUUCAGAUCAGCAUACCUGUCGGGCUAUAAAGAAACGGAUGCACCUAAUUAUCGCAGCUGGAAGCACGUUCAUAAAUUACUACCACGAACUUCUGGGGAAUCCUACAAUGACAGCGAUCGUCACGUUGAAACACAUUACUGCGGUCGCUUACAACCCCUUAACUGGUGGCCUGUUUGUGAACGACCAAUUGUCGGAUACAAUUUUCCAUCUCAAUACUACUAACGGAGAGUUGGAGUCCCUGAUAUCCUUCGAGAACAAAGUAAUAGGAGGAAUAGAUUUCGAUUACAUUGGCAAUAAUUUGUAUCUGUCCGAUGUAAACCACAAAACAAUCGAAGUUCACAGCUUAAGUACAAAG